CUGCUCCUACACCGGUGGUCCCAGGGGCCAUGGCCGGCCUCUCCCCUGGCCUUUGCACAGCCUCCUUACAGCCGGGUUAGCUCACCCCUCUGCCUGCCACUUCUCUGCUCUGUCUCCCAGCCUCCCUCCUGUCUUCACUCCGGUCACGUUGUUGAAACCAGGAGCAGAGCUUGCGUUGGAUCCUUCCCUCGGGCCCAGGAGGCAGCUCCGCCCUCCGUCCUCUGCACUGUCUCUCUCAGCUCCAUUUCCAGCUGAGCAAAAGUGCUAGCGAGCAGCUGUGCAGGAAAGAGAGGCCCCAGCUGCCAACCUGGCCCUGCAUGUGAGACCCUGCCAGUGCCCACUGUCUCUAGGAACACUGGGCUGUUUUCCUUGGCUCUGAGGCGCACCCGUGCCCCACCCCCCAAACACACACACCCCACUGCCCACCCCCUGUGUGGCCUCUCUGGUCCACAGCUGGAAACCCGGAAGGAGCCCAUGACAAACUUAACUGCCCUGUGGAGUCGGGCCUGCUGUCCUGCCUGCACCCUGCCCUCAGCCCUGCCUGGGCAGUACUUGUGCCACUAAUGGCCCCUCCGCUGCACUGCUGUCCGGCGUGGCUAGUGAGACAGCCAUUCUUUGGGAGGAAGGUGUGGGCUGCUGUCCUGGUCAGAGCUGGUGUCCUCCAGGGCCUCGAGCCAAAUGGGGAUGGAUUGCCCCUCUUGAUGGUAGGGUCUUGAGGCUACCGUAAGGGUUUUACAGGACUCCUGUGGGGCUUAGGUUGCAGGACCCCAAAGCCAUGGGCCAGCUGACUUUAGAAUCACCUCUACUGCCUCCAGGCCUGGGUUGGCUUGUGGGUGGGGCCGGGGCAAAGUUUAGCUGGAGGUGGAGUCACCACUGCCCUCGGCACCGCUGCUAGGAGUUCUGGGCGCGGGGGCGGGGCCUGGAGGGGACCUCGCUCCAAGGAGUGAAGAGCUGGGACGCCCUGGGACCGCGGGCACGUUCCCACUCAGCCGUUGAAACCCUUCCCUCUGUGUCAGGAGGCUGUUCCCUGGGUAUCCCCACCCUCCGGGCUCCUGGUUCUCGGCUCCGGCCAUUGGGGAGCGCGGUGUCACGUGUCGGGGCGGGGAGGUCGGAGUCCGGGUGUCGGGGCGAGAUGGCGGCGGAGCAGGAUCCCGAGGGGCGAGCGGCGGCACAGCCGCUGCUCACCGACCUGUACCAGGCCACCAUGGCGCUAGGCUACUGGCGUGCGGGCCGGGCGUGGGACCCCGCCGAAUUCGAGCUCUUCUUCCGCCGCUGCCCGUUCGGCGGCGCCUUCGCCCUGGCCGCGGGGCUGCGCGACUGCGUGCGCUUCCUGCGCGCCUUCCGCCUGCGGGACGCAGACGUGCAGUUCCUGGCCUCAGUGCUGCCUCCAGACACUGACCCCGCGUUCUUCGAGCACCUCCGGGGCCUGGACUGCUCCGGGGUGACAGUGCGGGCCCUGCCCGAGGGCUCCCUCGCCUUCCCCGGCGUGCCAUUGCUGCAGGUGUCUGGGCCGCUCCUGGUCGUGCAGCUGCUGGAGACGCCGCUCCUCUGCCUGGUCAGCUAUGCCAGCCUCAUCGCCACCAAUGCGGCGCGGCUUCGCCUGAUAGCUGGGCCAGAGAAGCGGCUGCUGGAGAUGGGGUUGCGGCGCGCUCAGGGCCCCAACGGGGGUCUAACAGCCUCUACCUACAGCUACCUGGGCGGCUUUGAUGGCAGCAGCAACGUGCUGGCGGGACAGCUGCGUGGUGUCCCAGUGGCAGGAACCUUGGCACAUUCCUUCGUCACUUCCUUUUCAGGCACUGAGGUGCCUCCUGACCCAAUGUUGGCUCCAGCUGCUGGUCAGGGCCCCAGGGUGGACCUGGCCGCCUGUGUGGAGGCAUGGCUGGAGCGUGUGUGUGCCCACCUGGGGCUGGGCAUACAGGAGCCACACCCCGGUGAACGGGCGGCCUUUGUGGCCUAUGCCUUGGCCUUUCCUCGGGCCUUCCAGGGACUGCUGGACACCUACAGCGUGCAGAGGAGUGGUCUUCCUAACUUCCUGGCGGUAGCCCUGGCCCUGGGUGAGCUGGGCUACCGGGCUGUAGGUGUGAGACUGGACAGCGGUGACCUGCUUCAGCAAGCCCGGGAGGUCCGCGGGCGCCUCAGGACCACUGCGGCCCAGUUCCAGGUGCCCUGGCUGGAGUUGGUCCCCAUCGCAGUCAGCAACAACAUUGACGAGGAAGAGCUGGCGCGACUGGCCCAGGAGGGCAGCGAGGUGAACCUCAUUGGCAUUGGCACCAGCGUGGUCACCUGUCCCCGCCAGCCUUCCCUGGGCUGCGUCUACAAGCUGGUGUCUGUGGGAGGCCAGCCACGCAUGAAGCUGACAGAGGACCCCGAGAAGCAGACGUUGCCUGGGAGCAAGGCUGCCUUCCGGCUCCUGGGCUCCGAUGGGUCCCUGCUGUUGGACUUGCUGCAGUUGGCAGAGGAGACCCCACCCCAGGCUGGCCAGGAGCUGAGAGUCUGGCCUCGAGGGGCCCAGGAGUCCUGUACUGUGAGGCCGUCCCGCGUGGAGCCGCUGCUGCAACUCUGGGUCCAGGAGGGACAGCUGUGUGAGCCCCUCCCGUCUCUGGCUGACUCGAGAGCCUUUGCCCAACUGUCCCUGAGCCGUCUCAGCCCCGCACACAAGAGGCUGGAGCAGCCUGAGCCGUACCAGGUGGCGCUGUCUGAGAAGCUGCAGGCCUUGGUGGACAGACUGGGUGCUAGAGGCCCCCAGUGAGAGCCCAAUGGUGGGACUGCCCGAAAUUAACACGAGUCACUCACUGCCCCCAA